CGACUGCGGCUGUGCACGGUGUUGACUGUUGAGUAUUUGUAAAUUCCCGGCUGUCAACUGAAGCUGUGUUGAAUAGAAAUGAACUCAGAUAACGAAGAAUCAGUUGAAGGAGAGAAGAGGACAGAAAAUAAACGGAAAAGGCGUAGAAAGAAAGAGAAAGCAGCAGAUACUGUUGUGACAGCGGCACUUAAACAAUUAAAUGCCGAUGAAAUCGAAGCGGUGACAGCGGACCGUGUCGAUGGCGUGGAGCAUAGUGUAACAACACAACCAGUUUUCAGAAGUUACCCAUCUGAUAUGGUUUAUGUUGAAAGAAAGAGCGGUUUUUUACCAGCCCCGAGAGAAAUAGUUUUAUCACGCACAAGUAAAAUAAAAUUUAAAGAAAAGAAAUUACAUACGGAGAAUAAGUCAACAGUAGAAUUAGCUGUAAAAAUUCAAGAGGCAUUCCAUCCAUUUUACAAUUUAUGCCACGGAAUUUUAGGAGGAAUGUCACUUACACUAUGUUUGUUGGUUGUGAGCAUUGGAUGGACCAGAGUAGAGAUAGAAGAAUUUAUUAAUGUAUAUGACAACUUUUCAAGACCUGCACAAUCAAUGUUUUAUUUUCUUACUGUGGUUUGUGUUAUUUCGUCACUUGAUAGGUGUGAUGUUGCACAAAUGUGUGGGCUCCAUGCAAGGAAGUUGUGCCUUCAUCAUUUUCCAGACAUUUUGCUGCUGCUACUGUAUUUGUGCACUUUGGUAACAACUGUUGUCACCAGCUACUGGGAUGAACAACUUGCCUACCACCAUCAUAAUUCAACUGGCAUGUGGAAAGAUGAUGCUGACAUGAAGGCAAGUCUUUCCCUGUGGCGGAAUUUGCACUUUGGGAGGUGCAUUGGUGCAGUUAGUAGUUGGAUCAUUGUGUCACUCUACCCUGACCAUGGAUUACUUCACUCACGUUUAAUCAGCACCAUAAAACUGCAGUUCAGGCCUGCAGUUGAUAUUACGUCAUCUUAACAUCACCAUGUACAGAGUGUGGAGAUUGGAACACAGCAUGCCAACAGAGCAUGCAAGUGCAGCUUAUCGCCAUCUUUCAGACUUGAGAAGACUCAAAACUUUGUAGUGCAGUGACUACAGGCAAGUGGUGGUGAUAUGGACUUGGAGCAGCAGUGUGGCAGGAUGUUGGCAUGGGUUCCUCCAGGAGAACUACACAACAAAAAGACCAUAGGACUGUUCAACUGCCUCUAACAAACAGGCAGACUACAGAAGCUGAAAUCAGGGCAGAGGUUACAGACAUUGUCACCAUAUUAUCUCAGGAACAGGUAACGGAAGCUGGGUUGAGGUCUUGAGAGUUGUCAUGUGUCAUUUACUACUGGCACCAUACUACUUAUAAGGUGCAGAACCAGAGUCGAGUGGCAUGUUUAGGGGAAUUCUGUGCUUUAAUGACUCUUGCUUGUGUUUGUAGCAGUCAGAUUGAUGGGGAGUUAUUGCAGAUGACCUGAUGAAAGGCCACAGAAAGCAGCAUUUCUUGAGGCCCAAACCUCAACUCAUGGAAUAAUGGUGUGGGGAGAUAUUAAAUGUGACAGCAGAAUUUGAUUUAGUAAUUGUUAAAGUGAGACUGAAUGGUAAACCCUGUCGUCAUACCCUUCACGACUGGGAUACCAAGUGGCAUAUUCCAGUAGAAUAACAAAAGACCCUACACUGCAUUUCACAUCACAGACACUUUGAAGAAUGUACGAAUCUUGGUUGGCCUGCCCAGUCUACUGAUUUGUCACCCUUACAGCAUGUGUGGGAUGUGAUGGAAAGGUGUAUACAUUCAUACCAGCCUCCAGCCAGCAAUCUUAAUGAACUUACCCAUCAUAGCGUUUCAGGUAUGGCAAGAAAUUCUCAGAGAUGCCAUUUGGAGGCAAUUUGCUUUCAGCCACAACAAAUACAAGAGGAAAAGUGUAUCAUGCCCAUGAGGGUCACACAUCGUACUGAUCAUAAUGAUGGACAUCGGUUCCACAUGGAAUGAAAAUUUCAUCAUUUACUACACAUUACGUGAUGAACAUCUCCACAAAGUUGGAUAAACAUCAGACUAGUGCUUCAUGGUGUAACACUUUCCACAUCUGUCUGUGUGUUAGCAAAUUGACAGUUUGUUGUAGUAUAUCAAAUGGUUUGAAAAUUAAAUAAUCAUGGAAUGCUACAAUAGAGGAGGGAAAGGAGGCAUUAUAUGGUUGCACAAGAAUAAAUAAGAGAGAAAAAGGGCAUGUGAGAUACUGUGAUGGUGGCUAGCACCCUCUUCCACUAUCAUAAGAGGAAAAGGUGUACUUCAAAAAGUCCUGGUGAAAAAUUACUAUCAUAAUUAGAUAGUAAUUUGGAAAACAAAUAAUGGACUAGAAAGAAUAUCCAGAUGCUAGUAUGGAUAGAGAUCAUAUGGUGGUGGUGACACAUAACAUACUGAAAUUCAGAAGAAUAAAGUAGAAGUAUUUCAGAUGCCUGGACCAUCUAUCAGUGAUCUCCAUGCUAAGUAAAAAUGUUAGAUGUAUUCCUGUGGAAAGUUUAUUUUUAACAUUUUUGUCCAUUCUGUGUAUUACGACACUUUUGACAAACUCCGCUGUGUUCUGAGGAGACAAACUGUCACUGUAGGAAUCUAGAAAGGCAAGCAAAAGAUUAGUUUACACAAGUGCUUUUUAAAUAAGUAUAAUUUACUCAACUCGUGCAAAAGAUGGCAGACUCGGCAGCCAUAGACAGAGGCCCGAAUGGGCGAGCCCGUAAGUGCACUGAAUGUUUGCCGGUAGAGCUAUCGACAACUCAGUGUAAAGUUCAGCACCAAUUAGAGACACGGAAGUACUCAUGACUCGAAGAUUGGUGCCCAGGUGCCCACUGCUUGUAACACUAUCCUAGCAGUCUUCAUUGGGUGGUGCCGGCAGCCUGGCAGGUCUUCGUUAGUGACUAUGUUCAAAGCGCAGCUCGUGGCACCUGCGGGACUCUUCGAGGCACUGGCUCCAACACUACUGAUAAGCCUCAAUACUACAAAUGGCUGUGGCUUUGAAUGUGAUUUUUCAUGGUGAUUUGGAGGUUAAAGUGAGUUUUUAAUGGAAACCUCUGUUAUUAAGAUUUGAAAAGAUUGACUCAUUUUGUGUGUAAAAUGAUGCAUUCUGAACAAAGAAAACAAGUUCUUGUAGACCAUGCUCAGUUUGAAAGGCAGUGAAAAUAGAUGGGGUGCCAGCAUUAUAUAGUAACUCAGUUUAUGUACAUUAUAGUCUGGUUUACUUACUAAAUUUCAAUCGUAUGAAGUAACUAUUAAUUACCACGACAUGAUUAUAUUGCGGUAGAUCAUUGCACAGUCUAUUAGGGUGCCCUCGUACACUGCCACUGGCAGAGUGGAUGAGAAGGUGGUCAUGUGGGGACACAGCGCUUGACUCUUGCAAAGCAUGUGAUGGGAGAAGGAUGUCACUAUGUCUGCAUGCUGGAACACUGUUCUUGUUUCAUUGCUAAUUUGAAUGAUCAGCUUGUCAAAACUGCAACUCUGUUUUGCUUUAUUAGGUUGAAUCACAUAGCUACAAUAACUGACCAGCCUCCAAAUGGAAUCAUAGACAUGAUUACAAUGUUAAGAGAGUUCCAGGGUGUUUACAGCCACAUGGCCAUGCUUUAUGCUGGAUGUUUUUGCAACAGACGACACACUAACUCAAGAGGUUCCCACAUCAGUGGUGUUAUCAGAUGAAACCACAUUUACAAAUACUGGUGAAGUAAACAGGCACAACUGUCAUAACUUGUCAGAUGCCCAUCUACACUGGUACAGAACUGUUGACCACCAACAACAUUGAUGCCACAAAAGUUAGUGUGGAAUUGUCAAUGGCUGUCUGAUCGAUCCCUACUUUUUUGAUGGUACUGUUAAUCAAUAUAAUUUUUUAGUGAUCAUUUACCUGGCAUACUUCAAGAUGUUGACUUAGAGAUGAGACAAAGAAUGUGAGUGCAAUUGGAUGAUGCCGCACCACAUUACUCACAGUGGAUUGGACAUGGCGGUCUCAUUCCGUGUCUGCUUGCUCACCCGAUCUAACUCCCCCUUCCCUGAUUUUUAUCUUUGGGAAUAGUUGAAAAAUAUUUAUUAUGAGCAGCAACACAUUGACAAGAGAAAACAUGAUGGAAUUUAUCUGGAGAGCUUUUGUAGCCAUUCCAUGAGAUGUCCUGCUUUCCACUGUGAGAUAUUUCUUAAGGAGGAUUAAUUUGUGCAUUGAAACAAAUGGUGGUCACUUUGAGCAUAUACUCAAUGGUUAAUUUCCAUGUACAAAGUGAAAGGUAUGAGAACUCUUUAAAUCGAUCACUCCAAAGAAAGAGAGUUGAGAGGACACUCAGUGACUUGUAAAUCAAUAAUCUACAUUUUAUUUGCGUUUGUUCUGUCUUGCAAAUGUCAAAAUAACAUUUAUACGUUAUGAUGUAUUUAUUUUUGUCAGUACACAUGAUAAUUAAAACUUAAAAUGUAAACCUCUCUACGCUCUUUCCAAAUCCAACAUCAUAAAUAGGGGUGUCCGUGAAACAAAGCUCAACCUUUGAUAAUUACCUUAAGAUCAUAAUUAUUGGUAAUGAUACAUGACCCAUUAUGCCCCUUCCAGUUUGUAUCUAAGUUUGUAUUUUACUGUAUCUCUCUUCUAUUCCAAGUUAAUUCCUACUGAAAAUAAAAACAUAUUUGCUUA